AUGGCGGCAGAAUUGACUGAGGCAGGCCUAUGCCGCCUGCCACUCGAGAUACUGCAGCAAAUCGCGGGAUACCUUGCCGACGUGUAUCGGCCCAGUCUUUGCGCGUUCAGUCUCGCAAGUAGAUCUUGCCAUCGAGCCAGCACCUUGUUCGUCUUCCGCCAAAUCCACCUCAAGAUUCGCACUCGCGAGGAAUUGCAAGUCGACGUCAACAGUCUUCGUGCGGCGCUCUCUCGCACAGACUCCGCACGUCACGUCCACUCCCUCGCCCUUGAAGGGUUCCUAGAUCUCAAGAAACCAAGGAACGAGAAGGGAUUCUUGGGGGAUGUCGACCCUUUGGGCUGGUGGUAUAGCCUCAAAACCAAUGAGAUCCUCCCUGACGAAGAGCAGAUCCCUUCCGGGGAGUACUUCGUCUACGAUGAGUCGGUGAUCAGGCAACAUUCCGAGGAAGAUCUGGCAUGGACACCAGUCAUCAGCCUCAUCAGAACACUGCCGUCUCUGGAAAAGCUGGUAUACAACUGCCCAAACCAAUUCCCUCCCAGCCUGCUGGACGCUCUCCACGCACGCCGUGCUCACUGCCAACUGCACCACCUCACAUUUCGGAUGCGGACGCUGUUAUGGGGCACCCCCUACCCUUACGAGAUGGCAUUGGCUACAUCGCCGUGUCUGCACAAGGUCAAGGUGAUGUGCACCGGCCGUGACUCGGAGGCCGAUGACGACUUCAACCAAGAGGCCAUGAUGGAGCUCGUCGCCGGUCUCGCGCCCAACCUCAAGGAAGCCACCAUUGUGAACUUCAACCCUGGCCGGGGAGGCAGGAGCCUCCGGCGCCGGGCCAGAUGGCAAGGCCUUCCUGGGUUCGCGUCCGGGUCGGUUGGAUCUCUGGCCUCGCUGUCCAUCAUUACAUCGGACGGCUUCCUCUGGACGCCGGGUUAUAUCCAGACCUGGGCCAGGUUUACGGACUUUGAGUCCCUGCGCCGCCUGACUCUCGGGACGCCGGUGCGGAAUGGGUUGAAUGAUGAUUUGAUGAAGUUUAUUGCUGAGAAUUACCGCUUCCCUCAAUUAACAGCCCUGUGCAUUGCAAUGAGGCGCAAUGAUGAAACUGGCGAGAGGGUCGAGUAUGGCGACAACAUCAUCGCCUUCUUCACGGCGCUGGAACCUCUCGAGGAGCUUUCGGUAUGCGGGCCCCUCGAGCCCGAAAUCCUUGACGCCGUCCUGCACCGCCACGGCCAGACGCUGAGGAAGCUGGUCCUCCGGCCCUGGGAGGACCCGUGGUCCGGGAACCCAGGUCGGAACCGGCACGAGAUACCCAUGGCCUUCACAAGGGACCACAUCGUGCAGAUCCAGGCCCAGUGCCCGGCGUUGGAGGAGCUGGGUGUUCCGGUCAGGCGAACGCAGUCCAACGCAGCCGAGGUCGAGAUGUACAGGACCCUCGCCAGGAUCCGGCGUCUCAGGUCCCUCCUCCUCAUAUUGGACUGGUCCAACUGGCGGCUUGAGCGCGACGACGCCUGGGACCCCGCGUUCGACGAGGAGGAUCUCGUCGAGGGAUACGGUGUGAAGAAGGGCCACCUCCGGGCGGCCUUGGUGAACUGCGCGGUGGGGGAGACGCUGGCGCGAUCGAUCUGGGAGACUGUCCGCCAGGGUUCCAAGCGGCUGGAGUCUCUCAAGCUCUGGGCCGACGGGCCCCAUCCGUUUGGCCGUGGCCAGUGCGUCAUCGCAGAGUCCCUUUUCAAAAGCAUGAGCCGUUCCUGGCUGAUCGAGCGAGUCCCCCGGGAUGAUGGGGAAGUGACAAACAUCAAGGAGCUGAACCGAUCCGCGAGGGAGGCUUACGAUCGAACCGAGGCAGACGGUUGGGCGCCCAGGCCGAAAGAGAUGGAGGUGUUUCGCCGCAUCUGGCCCAGCAAGGAGGGCAGUAGAGGUUGGCGUGACGAUUGGUCAAGUGGUCCUCUGCAGGAUUGA